CNUAGCUUCCUCUCUCACACACACACACUGUCUUCUUUCUCACUCUGUUCAUAGAUUUUAUAUAUAAAUACACAAAUUUCUAUAUACGUUUAGUUAGUACAUAGAUAUAUAUAUAUAUUAUAUAUAAUAUAUAUAUAUAUAUAUACACACACACAUCUACUAUUUAUAUUUUGUAAAGCUUUUGUGUAUAAAAUGGAGAGGUACAGUGGGACCCAAUCAAUGGAGGUUGGUGCACCGGUGGAUCCGGUCUCCGAAUGGACAGUUCCCGGCGGUGAGACUGGGCUCGAAGAGCCUAUGUGGCAGUUAUCACUGAAUACUGGUCCAGAAUCGUACCCAGAAAGGCCUAAUGAGCCUGAUUGUAUCUAUUACUUGCGUACGGGCUUUUGUGGUUAUGGUGCUAGGUGUCGGUUCAAUCAUCCCCGUGACCGUAAUUCGGUCUUGGGAGCGAUGAGAGCUACCGGAGGAGAAUACCCAGAAAGAGUGGGUCAACCUGUUUGCCAGUACUAUAUGAGGACAGGUAUGUGUAAAUUUGGUGCUUCAUGCAAAUACCAUCACCCAAGACAGGGAGGUGGAUCUCCAGCACCAGUGACAGUUAACAUUUAUGGAUACCCGCUGCGUCCGGGUGAAAAGGAAUGCUCGUAUUAUGUGAAAACAGGGCAGUGUAAAUUUGGCGUCACUUGUAAAUUUCAUCAUCCACAUCCUGCUGGAGCGCAAGUGCCAGCACCACCAGCUGGACCUGGACCUCUGGCUGUGCCAGCUGCUGUUCCUGCACCGCACAUUUAUCCAACGGUGCAGUCUCCUUCUGUUCAAUCAGCUCAACAGUACGGGGUAGUUUCUGGCAACUGGCCAGUUGCAAGACCUACUCUACUUCCUGGUUCAUAUAUCCCUGGGACUUAUGGUUCUAUGCUUCUUCCCCCAGGGAUGGUUCCUCUACCAGGUUGGACUCCUUAUCCGGCACCUGCUAGUCCAGCUCCCUCCCCAAGUACUCAGCCUCCUGCUGCUGCUGGCCCUAUUUAUGGGCUUUCUCAACUAUCUCCUUCAGCACCUGCCUACAUGGGACCAUAUUUAUCUGUUGCUUCUGCUUCCGGUCCUUCAAGCAGCAGCCAGAAGGAGCACGCAUUUCCAGAAAGGCCCGGACAACCAGAAUGUCAAUAUUACAUGAAGUAUGGGGACUGUAAAUAUGGAUCUUCUUGUAGAUACCAUCAUCCGCCUGAGUGGAGUGGACCUAAAACAAGUUUUAUCCUCAGUGCUAUGGGCCUCCCUCUUCGUCCGGGUGCGCCAAUUUGCUCUCACUAUGCACAAAAUGGAGUCUGCAAGUUUGGGCCUUCUUGCAAGUUUGACCAUCCAAUGGGAAUGAGUUAUAGUCCAUCAGCAUCUUCUCUUACUGAUAUGGCUGUCGCUCCUUACCCUGUGCGAUCUUCUAUUGGUACUUUGGCUCCAUCAUCCUCAUCCUCAGACUUGCGGCCUGAACUAGUCUCUGGAUCCGCCAGGGAUGCUUUCUCUACCCAAAUAUCUUCCAUGAGCACCUCAAGUGGUUCAGUUGGUUCAAUGUUUUCAAAGGGCGGUCAUGCUUCUCAUUCCGGCGUUCAGCAGUCUGUACAGAGUGCUAAUCCUUCCAGUGGCAGCAGCAGCAGCAGCAGCGCAGGCCACGGAGGUGAGGCUCGCACAUCAAGUUGAGAGAAAAGAUUGAGUGAUCACAUUUUUUCUGUUGCUCAACGAUCAUGCCGAGCAUUCUAUUUUUGGUGCUAGUCACUUUUAGGAGGAUCUCAUCUUAUUAGUCAUCUUGGUUCUUUCAAUUCAGAUCUAGCACACACACUACUUCUGUCCAUCUGUUGUUCAUAAAAUCACUAUAAGGCCACCUUUUUUUUUUUUCAUUUUGAAUAAGCGAAGACCAUCCUUCAAAGGUCCCAACUACCCUCACUAGGGGCUUGUAGCUAGUUUCUGAAUAACAAGAAACAGAAACCACUUUCCAUUUUAGAUGAAUCUGCAACUAUGCCCCAUUUUUGGACCUUGUUGUGGCUAUUUAUGUUGUAGUCUUUUAGGGAACAAAAAUAUCCCUCCUACACCAUUGUCCUUCCCAAAUUUGACUGUCUUCACCUAUCCUCUUUAGCCCUAUUCAAAAUAGGGGACAAGCUCCAAACUUGGCUUUGGAAUUAAUACCAAUGUCUUCUUUUUUCCUCUCUUUGUUUAGGGCUUUCUUGUGAAGAAACAGUUAGAAUGGAACAUUGUCAUUAUGGGAUUUGAUCGAUACUUAUGUUGUGAUAUGGGAAAUUGUUCGAAUUGGUAAUAUUUAUCAGCAAAUACAGUAAAGUACCAUGUGACAACUUUGACUUACUAAGAAUUGUUUUUUUUC